AUGGUCCGCUCUACCCUCCUCAAGAUCGUGGCCCUUACCGGGUUCCUUGCCGGAGCCGAGGCCGGCCUUUGUCGACCAUCAACAACGGCCGUGACAAGCGCUGCCGUUACCACGACUACCCUCGCAGCAACCACCACCACUGCUGUGCCAGGCUGCGUUGAAACCCAGUUGCUUGUUAACCCGGGUUUUGAUGACUAUCUCAGCAGCUAUGCACCCUGGACCGGCAACGCUAUGAUCACCAAUCGGGAAACUCAAGCUGGAACUACGGCUCUGACCAUGUUCUACAACGCUGGUCAGAGCCAGGGGAGAGAAUACAUCAAGCAGACCCUAACGAACCUGAACGGCGCCUACGAAUUCUCCUACUAUUACCGGGUUGUUGUUGCCAGGGUUGGUAUGACCACUGCAUGUGAUCUCCAGGUCAAGAUCGGGGAGGAUACGACCGUUCCCUUGAACAUAGGCUUGGUCACUGGUGAUUGGACGUCAGGUAGCGUGUCUUGGUCUACUUUAGGUCAGACUGUCGCGCAAGCAGAUGUAGAGGUUGCCAUUACCUGUAGAGGAGACUGGGACACAAUCCAGAUCGAUCUCGACAGCUUUGCAUUCACGAGCGUUUGCAGCGCGUAA